AUGGCUGCCAGGGAGUCAGAGAAGAGCCUCUCUGGUCUGUUCAGGAUUCCCAGGCGGUGGAGGUUCUUGCUGGGACUUCUGGCUUUGUCCCUGCCAGGCCGUGCCAGUGGGUUGGGUCCGCCCCGGAGAAAGCGGACCACCUUCAGUAGAGGGCAGCUGCUGGAGCUGGAGCGGGUGUUUGCGGCCUGGCCCUAUCCUGACAUCAGCACCCGUGAACACCUGGCCCGGGUCACCCACCUUCCUGAGGCCAAGAUCCAGGUGUGGUUCCAGAACCGCCGGGCUAAGCGAAUCAAGAACAGGAAGCCAGGAGACUUGAGCCCCAGGCCUGAGUCCCCCCAGAGUUCCUACUCUCUACCAGAUACCCCCCUACAUCCCUCGGAGCCCCAAAUGCUGGGCCAGCCUCCGCCUGCCACCAGCACAGCUGAGUGCCCUUCUGAGUGUCUGUAUGCCUCCCGUUUAGCUCCGCCUUUGGGUUCCAGCCAGGGCUGGGCAGGGGCUAAGGCUACAGCCCCAAGGGGACUGGCUGGGGCUACAGUGGUCCACCCUUCUUUGGAGCGAGUUACUUCUCAGACCUCACUAGGCAGAUUGUCUGACCUCAUCUAUGCCUCGGCCAUUGUCACCAACGUGGACCAUUCUUAAUCUACGUCCAGAACUUGCAGGCCCCCUUCUUUGGCUCCUGUGGCACACCUUGCCUUUCCUAAGACUGAACAUCUGAGAAGUGGACCCUUGCCCCCUCCUUUUACACAGGGGAGUGCUUUUAUGGGGAGUUUAGCUCAGGAAUUCCCCAGGUUCUGCUGCAGGUCCUGCACAGUGACUGAGGGCAUGGCUCCUGCUGCCCAGCACCCUAGCCCCUCCUGGGACAUACGUUUGUCUUGGCAGGAGGUACCUUCAGAAGGAUGGGGGGGCAUGUUUCUCAGCACUCCUAUCAGACCUGGUUUCCAAUUCUCACCCCAACUGCUGACCACCUGCCUCUGAAAUAGGGGCAGCGUUUGCGUCUGCUGAGGCUCCUGCAGGCUAUCAUGCUAUCAUCUGACUGCUAAGUGAGCUAGGAGACGGCUGGGCCCCUCCUCUCACCUGAGCAAAUUAAUCACAUCUAUGGAUCUCAAGAGGCAGUGACAUCAGAGAAAUAAAGUAGGAGGAGGAGCCUGGGGCUCAUGCUGAUUUCAUUUUCACAAAGAUCAGAUUGGCUGCGCUGUGAUGUGGGGCUGUGGAGAGGCGAAGGGGGGUACAGCAACACUGGGUUCUGGUAUCACCGUCAUCUGUAAUACCAACUAAUCUCCAAAUAAAACCCCAACUCCGUACCUUAA